AUGGAUAAAAAAAUAAAGGCUGCUCAGCUGAAAAGGAGAAUAGCGGUCGAAAAUAUAAGUGCCCUCGAACGGUUCCAAGCGCAGUUUUCGGGAGAUGACGCCAAGCAAAUCCCGGAGGCGUUAGAAGACUUGGAACGUCAUAAGGAAGGGUUCUUCGCCGCGGUAUCGAAGCUGGAAGAGCUCGACGACAGCAAUGAGGCGAUCGAAGCGUGUAUUAUGGAGCGGAUCAACAUCGAGGAGCGGUGUAGGAAGCUCAAAUCCUUCCUACGGGAUAACCUUCGACGGGAGGAAGGUGCACUAAAUGAUACAUCGGCUUUGGCUUCUUCGACGCUUGCGUUUGGUCGACCAAACGCACCGCAUCUACGCCUUCCGAAGAUCGAGUUGCCAUCCUUCGAUGGCGACCAAACGAAAUGGCUAUCUUUUCGCGACCGCUUCAUCGCGAUGAUCGACGCUUCACCGGAGCUUCCUUCAAUUGCGAAGCUCGAGUAUUUGCUGUCGGCGUUAAAGGGGGAAGCGGCGCUUCCCUUUGAGCACACCCAAUUAACGGCGGACAAUUAUUCAGUGACUUGGGCGGCGCUACUCAAACGAUAUGAUAAUCCGCGUUUACUAGUGCGUGAAUACUAUCGCAAGUUGCACUAUCUUCCGGCAGUGCAAUCGGAGAGUGUAGAAAAGCUUACUUGCUUAGUGGACGAAUUUUCGCGAUAUGUGAACGGUUUUGUGAAGUUAAAUGAGCCGGUGGAUUCAUGGGACACGCCAUUAUCCAACAUGCUACUAAUGAAGUUGGACCGUGCGACACUUUUAGCGUGGGAGAAACAUUCAGUGCACUUUCCAAAGGACCGCUACAAGGAAGUGAUCGCGUUUGUGCAAGACAGGAUACAAAUCCUGAAAUCAACGAACAACUUCACAAGUGAUACAAACGAUAGUGCGAGUAAGGUGGCCGGCACAUUUCGAUCUUCAGCGUCACGUAGAUCGAUUGCACAAGCUGCUUCUUCACGAUCAUUUCCCCCUAGUGCUCCGACCCACAAGUGUCCUUUGCAGUGUGUCGACAGUCACCUUCUAAGGAGCUGCCCGGUGUUCACCGGUAAGGAUGUGAAUCAGCGUCGUGAAAUCGUGUCAUCCAAGCACCUGUGUUGGAAUUGUUUGAGUGAUUCCCACCAGGUGAAGGCUUGCAAAUCGGAUUAUGCUUGCCGUACAUGUCGUCAGCGGCAUCAUACGCUGCUACAUGUUCCUGCAAGUUCAACGGUGGCGAUGACACUGCAAGACAAUGCUGGGAUGGUGUUUUUGGAAACGGCGCUACUUAACAUCGUGGACGAUUACGGUGUGAGACAUGAAGCAAGGGCGCUGCUCGACUCGGGUUCCAUGUCGAACUUCAUUUCCGAGUCGCUGGCUCGGAAGAUGCUCGGAACACCUCGGAACAAGGUAAAGGUGUCGGUCACGAGCAUCGGAAACAACGUGCAACUAGUGAAAGGAUCGAUCUUUGCAUCCGUGGAAUCUAGGAGCCACGCGCAUGCUUCUGAGCUCGAGUUGCUCGUUGUUGACACCCCUUUCCUGCACAUUCCAACGGCGUCCAUUGACGCAUCGUCGUGGAAAAUCCCUGAUUUGCCACUUGCGGACCCGUCAUUUUAUGAGCCUGGCAAGAUCGACAUCAUCAUCGGAGGAGACACGUACUGGGAGCUCCAUUCUGGCCGGAAACGUUCCCUCGGCAAGGGAAAACCGUGGCUUGUAGAGACCCCAUUCGGUUGGGUCGUUGCUGGCAACGUAUCACCAGGUGCAUCGCAUGAAUCGCGUUUGUGCCACCUAUCGACCAGCAGUUCAUCUUCCAUGGAUUCCAUAAUGGAGCGUUUCUGGGAAAUCGAAGCGAUCAGCGAUGAUCCGGCAGUGUCAGCGGAAGAGGAUGCCUGCGAGAAACAUUUCGUGGCCACUACAACAAAGAGUAUAGCAGUUUUAUGA